AUGUCGUGCUUUGGAGUGGACAAGGACAAGGACAAGAAAGCUAUGCGAAGGGCUGAGAAGGAGCGACUCAAGGAAGGUCAGCCUGCUGAUGAGGAGAUGAAGAAACUCAAGAAGGAUGGGAAGAAGAAAGGUGCUGCAUCCAAGGACAGCACUGCAAAACGUGUUGCUGCAAAGAAAAAUGCUACCACUGAUGGUUCUGAUGAAGAACAUGCAAUCUCGCCAACUUACAGUCAAGGUGCUCACUUUGCGGCUGCUGCAGACGACGACGACGACGAUGAUGACGUGGAGUGGCAGACUGACACGUCAGCAGAGGCUGCGAGAAAGCACAUGGAGGAGCAGCUGAGUGCGGCGACUGCCGAGAUGGUCAUGCUUGCCACCGAAAAGGCAGAGAAUAAGAAGAGGAAGAAACAGGCCAAAAUGACUCCAUAUGAUGAACUGGUCGAGGAGAUCAAGGCCAGCUUGGGCAAUGCCGCCACUCCUGCUCAGAUCAAGGCCGUGCUGUCCUCCUCAACCCUCCCCGCCAAGGACGCGAUGCACGCCCUCUUUGAGGCGCUCUUCCAUGGUGCGGGCAAGGGGUUUGCAAAGGAUGUCAAGAAGAACAAUGACUACCUUGCUGCUGCCGUGCCUGAUGAAGGGGCCCAGAUGCUGCUGCUCCAGGCCAUCGAGGCGUUCUGCGGCAAGUGCAGCGCCGAGGCCCUGAAGGAGGUGCCGGUGGUCCUGAAAUGCCUGUAUGACGGCGACGUCCUCGAGGAAGAAGCCAUUGUCCAGUGGUACGUUGAAGCUGUUGCUGCCGGCAAGGUCUCCCAGGUUGUGAAGAAUGCCAGGCCGUUUGUGGUCUGGCUCCAGGUCGCCGAAGCGGACGAGGAGUGAAGAGGCCGUGCCCGUUUGAUCCCGUUUAUACGCUUUCUUUUUCUACCGCCUACUUGCUUUAGGUAUCUUUUGAUUGUGUUUGAAUUUUCCAUUUUUUGGAUCAGUAUUUUAAGUGUCAGACGUUAAAACACUUGUUGUCAUCAUUGAUUCAGUGUUGAGUCGGUUAAAAUAUUUCUUAUAACAAAUUAUGUCUUUUGAUAGUGCUUGAAGUGUCCAUUUUUGGACCAGUAUUUGAAGUGACAGUCGUAU